AUGGUGCGCGACGCGGCGGCGGCGGUGCGCGAGGCGCUGGCGCUGAAGAAGGCCGGGAACGACAAGUUCGCGCACGGGAGGGCGGACGACGCGCUGGCGCUCUACACCCAGGCGCUGGGCAGCGGCGCGGCGUGCGCGCCCGUGACGGCGCCGCGGUUCGCCGCCGUGCUGCACAGCAACCGCGCGGCGUGCCACCAGAAGCUCGGGCGGAACGCCGAGGCGCUCGCGGACUGCUGUCGGGCGCUGGCGCUGGCGCCGGGGUACUCCAAGGCGCUGAGCCGGAUGGCGUCGCUGCUGGGCGUCGUCGGGCGGCACGAGGACGCGGAGAAGUACCUGCGGAAGAUGCUCGAGUGCGCGGACGUCAAGGCGAGCGCGGAGCGGCGGCGCGACGUGGAGGAGCGCAUCGCGGCGGAACAGGGGCACGUGCGCGCGGUGGGGCACGGGGAGGAGGUGCCGGACCACUUCCAGAUCCUCGGGCUCAAGACGACGUGCUCGAGCGACGAGGUGCGCAAGGCGUACAAGCAGCUGGCGCGCUCGAUCCACCCGGACAAGGCGCUGGCGACGUGCGGCGGGCGGCUGGUGUCGGCGGGCGCGCUGGCGGGCGUGCUCGACCUGGGCGUGUGGGUGGACGGCGCGCCGCACGAGGAGGACGCGAAGGACCGCGCGGGGUGGCUUUUCAAGUGCGUGCAGGAGGCCGUGUCCACGCUGACCGACCCGCACAAGCGCACGGCGUACGAGGCCGAACGCGAGACGGCGCAGCGGCGCAAGAAGUACUGGUCCGCGUCGGCGCGGAGCGGCGGCGUACGCCACGGAGGGUUCGGGCACGUGCCGCGGCACAGCAACCCCUUCUCGCACAACUUCUACGCCGGCUGGGGGGCGUACGACGAAUACGACGACGGCUACGGCGACCCGUGGGGGGACGCGGACGGGCACGAGUACUACACGGGGUACGCGGAGGACUACAGCAACAUGAGGCGCGAGCAGCAGCAGCGCAACGGCGGCGGCGGCGGGUACGCGCGCGCGGGAUCGUUCGGGGGCGCGCACAGGGCGCACGCUGGCGGACGCCACUACGGGCACGGAGGAUACGCCUACAGGGGCGCGGGGGCGGGCGGUGCCGGACGCCGCUGA